GUUCCUUUCUUACUUCCAUUCAUUCCUUCACCCAAAGAAAACAAAAAGGGAAAACCUAGCUAGCCUCCACCCCCGCCGAACUCAGUGACCCACUGCCGCCGUCCGUGGCCGUUCGAGGAGUCUCUCUUCGUACCGUCGGCGUUAUCCAAGUCGAAUCCCCUUUCUCUGUCUUCUUCCUCGCUCGGCGCCCAUCCUCCAUCAGAUUCGUCCUGCUCGCGGUCGUCCUGUUGCCGUCGCCGUCGUCUCGUCGCCCUCUCGAAGGUUGCUUGAGGUAUUCUAAAAUAGAUCAAAAGACACUCUUGUGUCAUGUCUUACCUAUUUGUCAAGUAUAUUAGUAUAUUUUGUAAUAUUAAUGUAUUUAUGCGAUGAAUUCCUAUUAUUUGUAAUAUUAAGGAGAUGGAUUCACCAUUAAUAUGUACAAGGUUAGUUCAAUUUGUUUGAUCUUUUUUUUAUUCUUUGCAUUAGGAAAGAGACGAAAGAGAUAUUGUUGUCUGAAUGACAAUGUUGUCAUGAGACAAAAAGUGGGUUGAGUUAGCUACACCCAAAACCACACACUUUGAUAUACAUGGUUGAUUAUUUAUCUCUAGUCAAUGAAUUUAUAGAAACCACUGCAAGAAAUUUAAGCCACUAAGAGUUGAAAAGAGGGGUAUUCAUGUAGUGUUUUAAAAUUUGAAAAAUAUUUUUAGAUUUGUAUUAGAAUAUAAUUAUAUUUUAGGAUGUUUAUUUAUAAUUUAUUUAUUAUUUUAUUCUAAAACGGUUUAUCCGGUUGAACUAUGGUUGGACCGGUUGGACCAGUGAACCAGUGACGAGCGGUUCGAUGACCGGUCUGGUUCUCAAAACCUUAACUGAGACAACUGAAACAUAUAAGAAGCGGUGGUGAUGGUAGCGCGAAGAGAGGUCAUAUGGUGGGCACCGUGAAGACUUGUGCCGUUACUCUUGCAGCGGCGUUUGUGUGGUCACAGUGGCUAUUUAUGGUGUGGGUAAUGGGUUGGCUGUGUGGUAACCAAGAACGAAGAACUUAUUGGCUAUGGUGUCUCAGUUUCAGCAAUCAUCGUGUGUUAUUGCUACAAAUUACCAAAAGUUUAAAUCUUUUGAAAUACCCAAACGCUUGUUCUUCCUCAAUUUUCUCAAACAUUUUUGUUCUUCACCAGCACUUGCCUUCGAAGAACCUUGUGUUAAUAUUGAUCCUCGCUUCAAUUCAGACUCUUUCUAUGCUUCUCUUAUUGAUAAUUCGACACACACGAACCAAUUGAAUCAGAUACAUUGCCAGUUAUAUGUCUCGGGGUUGCAGCAUAAGGGGUUUCUCAUGACAAAACUUGUUAAUGGAAGUUCAAAUAUUGGAGAAGUUUGUUAUGCACGCAAGGUGUUCGAUGAAUUUCGCCAUCCGGAUGUGUUUAUGUGGAAUGCUAUUAUCAGGAGUUAUUCGAGAAGCAACAUGUUUAGGGAGAGCGUUGAAAUGUAUAGCCGGAUGAGAUUGGCAGGGGUGCAUCCAGAUUGCUACACUUUUCCUUAUGUGCUCAAAGCUUGUACUGAGUUGUCGGAUUUCGGUUUGAGCCGGUUAGUUCAUGGUCAGGUGUUCAGACAUGAGUUUGUUUUGGAUGUGUUUGUGCAGAAUGGCCUUUUGGCGUUGUAUGCUAAAUGUGGUCAGAUUGGUAAUGCAAGAGUGGUGUUUAAUAGGUUGUGUGAUAGAACUAUUGUUUCAUGGACUUCGAUCAUUUCUGGAUAUGCGCAGAAUGGGGAAGCUAUGGAAGCUUUGAGAUUGUUUGAUCAAAUGAGAAAAACCGAUGUGAAACCUGAUUGGAUUGCUCUGGUAAGUAUUCUGAGGGCUUAUACUGAUGUGGAUGACCUGGAGCAAGGAAGAUCUCUUCAUGGUUGUAUCAUCAAAAUGGGUCUUGAAGAUGAGUCCGAUUUGCAUAUUUCGCUUAUAGCAUUGUAUGCAAAAUGUGGUCAGGUGACAGUUGCAAGAUCUUUCUUUGAUCAAAUGGAGACGAAUAAUGUGAUUAUGUGGAAUGCAAUGAUAUCUGGUUAUGCAAAAAAUGGUCAUGCCGAGAAAGCAGUACAACUAUUUCACGACAUGAUCAGAAGAAAUAUACGACCAGAUUCUGUCACUGUUAGAUCUGCAGUCUUAGCUUGUGCACAAGUUGGUUCCAUUGGAUUAGCACAAUGGAUGGAUGACUAUGUUACUGCGAGUAAAUAUAGAACUGACAUCUUUGUUAACACCACCCUCAUAGACAUGUAUGCAAAAUGUGGAAGUGUAGAAUUUGCUCGCAGGGUAUUCGAUCGUACAUCUGAAAAGGAUGUUGUUGUCUGGAGUGCAAUGAUUAUGGGAUAUGGAUUACACGGUCAAGGCUGGGAAGCAAUUUGUCUUUACCAAGCAAUGAAACAAGCAGGGGUUUGUCCAAAUGAUGUCACCUUUAUCGGGCUUCUCACAGCAUGCAAUCAUUCUGGCCUUGUAAAACAGGGUUGGGAGCUGUUCCAUUGCAUGAGAGACUUCGGAAUUGAGCCUCGCAAUGAGCAUUAUUCAUGUGUGGUUGACCUCUUGGGGCGCGCAGGUUAUCUAGACAGAGCUUUUGCUUUUGUUAUGACAAUGCCAAUUGAACCUGGUGUGAGUGUUUGGGGAGCACUUCUGAGUGCAUGCAAGAUCCAUCGCCAUGUAACAAUGGGAGAAUAUGCAGCAAACAAGCUAUUCUCAUUGGAUCCUUAUAACACAGGACACUAUGUACAACUCUCUAAUCUCUAUGCUUCCUCGCGUAUGUGGGAUUGCGUUGCACGUGUUCGUGUUCUUAUGAAGGAAAAAGGGUUAAAUAAAGACCUUGGAUUCAGUUUAAUUGAAAUCAAUGGGAAACUGCAGGCAUUUCAUGUAGGCGAUAAGUCGCAUCCAAGGACCGAGGAAAUCUUCAAUGAGCUUCAUAGAUUGGAGAAAAGGUUGAAUGAGAUUGGGUUUGUCCCUCAUACAGAUUCUGUUCUGCAUGAUCUGAAUUAUGAAGAGAAGGAGGAGAAUCUUUGUGUUCAUAGUGAGAGGAUUGCAAUUGCUUAUGGGCUAAUUAGUACUGCUCCUGGAACGACGCUUAGAAUCAUAAAGAAUCUUAGAGCAUGUGUAAACUGUCAUGCAGCAAUAAAGCUUAUAUCAAAGCUUGUUCAAAGAGAGAUCAUUGUAAGGGAUUCAAAUAGGUUUCAUCAUUUUAAGGAUGGUUUGUGUUCAUGUGGAGACUAUUGGUGAGAGAGAUGAAGUAUGAUUUAUGAAUGGCUCAACCUCAAAACCAGCUAUUGUGGCUUGCCAUCAUUUCUCAAGAUGAAUUAACUGUUAGAAUUUGAAAUCCAAUACUUACACUGAGAUUGUUUGAAACAAUGCAUAUUGACUAAGGAAUACUCAGCAUACUCCUAAAGCUAAUUCAACCAGUUAUUAUUGGGAUAAGAAAAUAGAGAAGGUGAUGACAACCACCAAAAUAUACUUGAGUAGUCAAAGAUAAAAGUUUAAAAUAAUCUUGUCUCUGAAGAUUUUUUAAGUAAUUGACAGUUAACAAUUUGUCAUAGAUUUUGUUGAAUACUAUUAUAUUUGAUGUUACAAUGUGUAUAUGUUUUCAUCUAAUUAAUUAAGUUAAAUUCAUUACAAGUCUAAAAAUGUAUAGAAACAGAGAGAGAUGGCAGCUCCACCUGCUAGGUAACGUGCCGAUUACGAUUACCUCAUCAAGCUCCUUCUUAUUGGCAAUAGCGAUUUGUUCCUUCUUUCCCUUUUCCCUAAUUAUUCUUGUUAUAAUUAUAGUUAAUUAUUGUUAUCUCAACAUGUUGUGUUUACAUA